CAAAUUCUUAUUUGUGUUCUUUUGCCACUUUACUAGCUUGUGCUUACAUUGCUUUGGUUUCCAAAAUAGUUUAUAGAGUAAAUGACCAUUUGUACCCAUGAAAGAUACAAACACUGAUAAAUAUAACCAUAGAAGAAGGAAACUUACCUUGUAACCAUGGAAGAUGACUUCCGUGUGCCAGAAAUACCCUGACCUUGGUUACGCACAUGGUCCGUUAAUAUCCGAACCUACGUGGCAACAAAACCACUCCAAGCCUAUCUACGUGUAAUCCAACGUAUACCUCUACAAAAACUGAAACCCUAGCAUACCUUUCUUAUUCCUUUCUUCUCCAAUGUUUACUCUAACCCAGAAAUUGAAACCAUUUCAUUUUUGUUUCUUCCUCAAACAUAAACACUGACAAAGAAAAAUCCUCUAACCCCUGGCCAUGUCUCUGCGCAAAUGUAACUCUGCCAUAAGUAAUGUAAGUUGCAACAAUACUUCGAGUUCAAGGAAGAAGAAGGAAAAGAAGCUUGAUGGGAGAUGCUUCUGUGGACUGGAGGUUGUGUUAAUGGAAUCUGGCACGGUAACAAACCCAAAUAGAUGGUUCAUCCGAUGUCCUCUCUGGAAGACAAGAGACUGCAAAUACUUUAUGUGGGUGGAUGAGAUCGAAGAAGGUUGGGAAGGUCUUGCAAGAUCAUUAGCUAAAAGAAAUACAGAGCAUUGUGAUGUAAUAUGUGAAGAUGGGUUGACAAUCACUGCAGUUAAAAGGGAGAAUCAAGAAAGCUUCUCCAUGAUUGCAAGGAAAAUGAAAAAACUCAGGGCCGAAGUUAGAACAAGUAGAGUGUUGCUUGUAACUAUAGCAUUGGUGGCUGUGUUUUGUUUAACUUGUAAUUUGUAUUUAGUGAUAAAAAUAUAGGAUUAAUGUAAUCUGGAGAUUGUUGUUUAUGAGCAUUGUUUAUUGUUAAGAAUGACAAACAAGUUUGAACCAAUUCAGUUUGUUAUAUUUGAUAGGAGUAGUCAUGAAUGAUUAAUUAGAUGGCAUAGAUAGUCAUGUGUAUUUGCUUUAUUUGACUAAACAGGUCCUGUAAGAUUAAUGAGAUGAUGUCUAAAAUGUGCAUUUGUCAUGUAUUAAUUCCCGUCGUACAAAACUGCAACACAAGUUUAUAAUUCUAUAACACUGUCUUUAAAGGUUAAAACAAACUUCAGCUUGUGAUACAUUGUGGAUUCAUAGAGAAACACAAGAGUGUAGUAUUUGUUAAAGAGUACCUCAUAUUACCAAAAUAAAAUUAAAGAGUCUAGAGACUGUGCUCAGAACAUCAUAACAACAGAAUGAAACAGAAGAGUCUGUCAUCUCUCUUGAUUACAUGAAACAUACCAAAAAAAUAAGCCUAAAAGUCUAAUUCAGAUUAAAACAAUAUUGAAGUAAUACAGCAAAACAAUUAGUUCUCAUCAA